UUCACUCAUCCAAAUCAGAGGAGCAAGACUUGCGUGGAGUAGAACAUGUCCUGUUGAUGCUUCCUUCGUCAGCUUGUGCGGUGCUGCUCUGGUAUCCAAUUACACAUCUGUAUUCAAAGACGAACACUUUAUUGUGAAAGCAUCUUCACUAACGUGACUCUUACGACUACGUGAGAAGCAGCCAGCAGCAGGUCUUCUGAGCUUUGACUCUCAUUCAUAGUGAGCUUCUAACCCGAUGAAUCAAGUGCUCUGGGUAGAAAAGCAAUUUCAGUGAGAAGGGGGGGGGUCUGAAGAGUGAUUGAAAAUUACUGCCUGGGAAGGACAGGAAGCUUGUGAAGGCACUUCCAGCACGGGGCAGGCGAGCAGAGGGGAGAGGAGCACUGGCGAAGCCUGGCACGACGCUGCCGGCAUGGGGAAAUUGAGAGGCAACUUUUAAUUUGAAGGAAGUUCACCUCGCGAAGGAGGUGCCGCCGAGAUCCUCGGGUCCUGGAGUUGCUCUGCCAAAGCAGCAGAGGGAUUGUAAAACGUUUCAGCUUGCAGAGGCCUUACUGCUGUCUCCCUCUUCUCUUGCCAUAAGCGUCGUGUCUGGCUGGCAGCUGGGAAGAGGAAAAGUUGGCUGCUGUUGUCUGCCACCUGAUUUCCAUGAAAAGAAGAAUGCCAACACGAAUAUGAAGUGAACCAUUUCCUAUAUUUUCCACAGCGCCUGGAUGCUCAUAUUGGGUGGUUAGAGACAGGGACUUGCCUCUCACCAAACUGCUUCCUCGGACAAGAUGAAGCCAAGGAGGAGCUUUCCGACACAAUGGAGUUGCAGUGACUGCUGCCCAGUUUAAAAUUGAUGUCAGACUGUGCCCCAGCUGCCUGACGAGAUGAAAGAAGUGGUGUCGUGGUCACCCGAGGAGGUGACGAAUUGGCUAACGGAAAAUGCUGUGCCGGAGUAUUGUGAGCCAUUGAAGAGCUUCACGGGGCAGGAUUUGAUCAACCUCACGGAGGAGGAUUUUAAGAAGACGCCUCUCUCCCGGGUGUCUUCCGACAGUGGACAGCGGCUAUUGCACAUGAUUGAAACUUUAAAAAUGGCUCACCACAUCGAGGCUCACAAAAAUGGGCACGUCAACGGGCACAUCCGUGUCAGCAUGAGCAACACCACGCGUGAGAAUGGCUUUAGCAGUAAAAUGAAGCUGAACGGGAUGCCAAAUGGUUAUAAGAAGGAGAUGAUAAAGAUCCCCAUGCCAGAGCCAGAGCGCUCACAGUAUCCUAUGGAAUGGGGCAAGACUUUCCUGGCUUUUAUUUAUGCACUUUUUUGUUUCAUCUUUACCACAGUGACUAUCUCAGUUGUUCAUGAACGAGUGCCUCCCAAGGAGGUGCAGCCUCCCCUACCAGAUGCAUUUUUUGAUCGCUUUGAUCGGGUGCAAUGGGCUUUUUCUAUUUGUGAAAUCAACGGCAUGAUCCUUGUAGGACUGUGGUUUAUUCAGUGGCUGCUCUUAAAAUACAAGUCUAUAAUUAGCAGAAGAUUUUUCUGUAUAGUUGGCACACUAUACCUGUAUCGGUGUAUUACAAUGUAUGUGACUACACUCCCAGUACCUGGCAUGCAUUUCAAGUGUUCUCCAAAGCUUUUUGGAGACUGGGAAUCUCAUCUGCGAAGGAUAAUGAAACUGAUUGCUGGCGGAGGAUUGUCCAUCACAGGAUCCCACAACAUGUGCGGCGACUAUCUGUACAGCGGUCACACUGUCAUAUUAACUCUUACAUACUUAUUUAUCAAAGAGUAUUCCCCACGGCGACUCUGGUGGUAUCACUGGCUUUGCUGGGCACUCAGCAUGGUUGGGAUGUUCUGCAUCCUCCUUGCUCAUGACCACUACACUGUGGACGUGGUGGUGGCUUACUACAUCACUACAAGACUUUUCUGGUGGUAUCAUACAAUGGCCAACCAGCAAGUGCUAAAAGAAGCUUCCCAAACUAACCUCCUUGCAAGGGUCUGGUGGUACAAGCCCUUCCAGUACUUUGAAAAGAAUGUCCAAGGAAUUGUACCUCGCUCCUACCACUGGCCCUUCCCCUGGCCGGUGCUGCACCGGGGCAGGCAGGUGAAAUACAGCCGCCUGGUGAAUGACACAUAACAGCGUGUCAACAGACAAAAUGGGGGGCAAAGGACCUGUCCCAAGUGCUAAGAACUCCGUACAGAAGAUGCCAUAAAAAAAUCAACCCCUCCCUAACCCUUUCUUUUAACAGUUCCCUUGACUUAACCUAUUCAGUUACCUGGUAAGCACUGUGAUCUUUUUUUCUCUCCAAAGGAUCUGCGUUGGACAACAAUAAAGAAAAUUUAACUUAUCAUGCACUGUUAUACAUUUCUUGUUAAUAGAUUUGGGAUUUACAUUUACUCAUCACCAUGUUCCUUUGUAUAUGAUGCGACAGCAUAAAUGAAAGCUUUUAUAUCAUAAGUUCUGGUCUUUCCAGUCACGUCUGGGAAUAAAGCAUAUUAUUUUCUUGGGAAAACAUACUUUUCAUAUCUCUUGCCCCAAAGAUUGGGCUGUAAGCCAUUUUCUAGCAAAUGACUAUAUGAAGGUUUCUAAAUACCUGCCUUGGGUAAAAUCGAGAAAUCUUUCUACCUGUUGCACCGUGCUAUGAAUAAGAUGAUAGACACAGAAAGGUUUGGUAAUCUUGAUUUUGUAGAAUCUGCAGUGACUGUGUCAAAAAGUGCAAAAAAAAAGAAAAAAAAAACCAGAAAAAAAAAGAAGAAAAAAAGUUGUAAAGUGAUUUUCUAAGUAUUUCCUAACUUUAUUUUUCAAAAUGUGUAUGAAAAUUAAAUUUAAAAAGAUUUUUACAUGUCAGAGAAUAGAGAGUUAAAAUUUAAAGAAAAUGCUUCUUGGGAGAGAGAGAUUUGUCUAUGUUUCUAGUGCCUUUCUUGUCUUGAUUGUAUGGUCAGUAGGCAGUCUUAAAUGUUUUUAUUUAAAAUAGAGUAUUCCAUGAAAGCAGAAUUAUAUAUACUGUAUAAUUACUAAUUUUUGCAUUUAUAGCUAAAUUAAACUGGAAAUUUGCUUAUAAUGUUGAAAUUGCCAUGUGUAGGGAGAAAAAACCAAAUAAAAAGGGUCCGAUCUUGCUCACACAUUGUGGGCAGGUCAAACUAAAAGGUAUCACUUUAUUGUCUACUUGGUAGCUGUAUUUUAAAAAGAAAAACAGCCAUGAAUUCCUGUUUUUUAAGAAUUUUACAAAUGAUCACUGAGUGAACUACAAAUGGUUUCUCCAUCCCGUAUUGAAAUGUUGUUGAAAAACAACAAAGAUAAUCUAUUUCUUUAAAAUACUUGUGCAGAAACUGCAUGUAAUUAUAAGUUUCACUCCUACCAUACAUACUGUAUGUUUGGGGAAGUAUUCUAUCCUAAACUUGCCAAUGUGCAGAACAGAAUAGUUUUUUUAAAGAAAGAAGAAGAGAAAAUAUAUAUAUAAAUAUAUAUAUAUAUAUAUCCAUUCUGUAUUUUACGUGAAGCAGAGUUAUCUUCUGUAGGGUUUUUGUGUAUUCACAAGGUGAUAUUUGUAUUGUAAAACAACAAUGGUGAAGGAAAAUAAAAAGGCUUUUGAAAAAUGUAGUUUUCUUUAUCUUUUUAAUAUUAAGUUUAAAUUUAAAGCUGGGUUUAUUCUUCCAAACCUUGCCUUUAAUUUUAUGUGUUAUUGCACUAUAGGCCAUCAAAUUUGGACUGUAUGGAAACUGCGUUGAUUUUGAAUUGCUGUUCAUGUUGGGCAAAACAGUGCCUUAUCUGAAAUAAAUGCUAUGCAAUAGAUUCUGAUCAUGCGGGAGCUGGGAGCAGAUGGGAGAAGCCUUCCUGGGAGCCAUCACCAGGGCUUGAAAAAUCUACCCGAAAACUGCUGGGACGGAGCUCAUUGCAGGGUAAACAUCCAUGACCCCGGGAUCUAGCAGUCCUGUCACUUAAACAACACCAAAACAAACAAAAAAAAAGUGAAAUUUCUGUGAGUACAUGGUGGUGAAAGUGUCAUUUCUUUCUUAUUUUCCUUUUUUGGGGGGGAUGGUUUAGCUCUACUUUGCUGCCCUGUUCCUCAGCCUUGGCCAAAAACUUCCUUGAAGAAUUAAUGGGGUGUUACUUCUGCUGCUUUGCCUCGCUGUUGCUUGAGAUGCUUAACAAGACUAACCCGUUUCUUAUCAGUUCUCUUUCUCCCUGGGAGGGAGGGGAUUUCUUCACGCCCCAUGCUUCUUGGCAAAACCCUUUGCAACAGCAUUUGCAGAGCUGUCUGUGAAUUUUAGGGAUCAGCUCUGCAUGCUUUACCUUCAAUUCAUGGUAUUAUCUUUGCAAUUAUGUGGUCGAAAGUAAAUUUUUAAAAAAGGCAAACCCACCCCGAGAUGAUUGCUUGAGAGAAUUCAUGCUCCCAGACGUAAAUGAACGAGUAGAUUUUUCAAGACCCGGCAUCACGCACAUCAAAACCAUUGACAUAAGUAAAUGUAUGGAUAUAUGCACAUGACAUUAAAUGGAAUCUGCUGAA